UUUCCCAGUCGUAAACCCCAUCUUCGCCGUCCCGCGGCGAGAAGAAGAAAAGAAGGGAGCGGCGGCUCCCCAUCCCGACUUCCCGACCCCGAUCCCAUCCAUUUCGUGUUUCUAGAAGUGUUAGAGGUUGUGGAAUUUAUCGAAGUAGAGGAAGCAGUCAAGGUGGAAGAGGUUGGAACAUGGACAAUGUUCAGUGUUCUUAAGUAUCAUAGGUUGGGAUACUUUCGAGUUAAUUGUCCAAAGUGGUACAAUCAACAUACAAAAUACUCUGAACAAGGUGAUGUGAAGGAUAAUGUUUUUUAUGGCAUGUAGUGAUCAAGAGUUAGAUCAAAAGGAGCAGGAUCAUUUUUCGUUGAUGGCUAUCAAAGACGAGAAAGAAGAGAUUGUGGACAAUCAAGGUCAGUGUGAGUCAGCGGCGGAUUCAGAACACAGAAAAGCACUGGGCCGCAUUUCAUUAGAAAAUUAGAACCGUAAAAAAAAAAUAUUAUAGUUUUUUUUACAAUAUAAAUUGUAACGACGAUAUUUUAAUUUAGCGAAUACAUCAAUAAUGGAG